CCUUGCGCCUGCGCAAGCUUCAGGGCCGCGAGUCGUACCUGAUGGUGGGUGGCUGUAACCUCUCCUUGCCGUCGGUGGGCGGGAGAGUUAGAUAGUCUCUGAAGAAAACACCAUGAAAGAUACUGAUAUCACCAGACUGGUAUAUGCCCACCUCCUGUGCAUAUUUUCAAUUAUUCUAAGCACCUUACUUCCAUCACUCUUUUUGGAGAACUUCUCAAUAUUGGAAACCCACUUGACAUGGUUGUGCAUCUGUUCUGCUUUUGUAACUGCUGUCAAUCUAGUAUUGUAUUUAAUAGUGAAGCCAAAUGCACCCUCUAAAAGAAGUUCAUUAUCACACAAGGUAGCCAGAUUUUUGAAAUGCUGUAUCUACUUUCUUAUGUCCUGUUUCGGCUUUCAUGUAAUAUUUGUUCUGUAUGGAGCACCACUAAUUGAGUUGGUGUUGGAAACAUUUUUAUUUGCAGUUACUUUGUCUACUUUCACUACUGUGCCUUGUUUAUGUCUGUUAGGACCAAACAUCAAAGCCUGGCUAAGAGUUUUCAGUAGAAAUGGGGUUACAUCUGUUUGGGAGAAUAGUCUCCAGAUCACAACAGUUUUCAGUUUCUUAGGAUCAUGGCUUGGAGCAUUCCCUAUUCCGCUGGAUUGGGAACGACCUUGGCAGGUGUGGCCCAUCUCCUGCACACUUGGAGCAACCUUUGGCUAUGUGGCUGGCCUUAUUAUCUCACCACUCUGGAUAUACUGGAAUAGAAAGCAACUUACAUAUAAGAACAAUUAAUUGAAGCAAAAGGAGGAGAUAUUUCUUUGUGCAGAUUCCAUAAAGACUGUGCAGAAAUGUUAUUGGUGAGAGUCAAGCAGUUCCAUUUACAGCACUGUUUUGUUUUCGUAUGUGUUUUUUAAUGUAGAUACAACAUGAUGUGAUUGUAGCUUUUUAAACUAUGAAACCCCUGAGAGAUUGUACCUUCUAUUGAAAUAAAGUAUUUAUAGUAGAUUGUGGCUUCA